UUUUUUUUUUCGUAGGUCCUUGUAUAUCUGCAUUAGAAGCUUAGGACAUAAGUAGAGAAGAGAGGUGGUCCAGGCUGUGCUGAUAGAGCUGCCAGGUUACCUAGGGUGAAACAAAAUUACAGGCUUGGAAACUCUGGAAAAGCUCAGCAUCAGUAUUUGAGAGCCGAAGCUUGCAAAUUAUGUGAUUAACCUACAAGCUGAUAUCAUGAUGUCAAAAUGCAGUUUGGAAAGCAUAAGCACAGAGGCUGCAGAGAUUAAAACGUAGGCUGUGCUGGAACAAAAACGCAAUGACAGAAACACUGGAUGAAUGAAUGAAAAGCCCUGCUUUGCAAUCCCUCAGCAUGGCGGGACUGCAGCUCAUGACCCCUGCUUCCUCCCCAAUGGGUCCAUUUUUUGGACUACCGUGGCAACAAGAAGCAAUUCAUGAUAACAUUUACACGCCAAGAAAAUAUCAGGUUGAACUGCUUGAAGCAGCUUUGGAUCAUAAUACAAUAGUCUGUUUAAACACUGGCUCAGGGAAGACUUUUAUUGCAGUACUACUCACUAAAGAGCUGUCCUAUCAGAUCAGGGGGGAUUUCAACAAAAAUGGAAAAAGAACUGUGUUCUUGGUCAACUCAGCAAAUCAAGUUGCUCAGCAAGUAUCAGCUGUCAGGACACAUUCAGAUCUUAAAGUGGGAGAGUAUUCAAGUUUAGAGGUGACUGAAUCAUGGACAAAAGAGAAAUGGAGUCAGGAAUUCUCUAAGCAUCAGGUUCUGGUUAUGACAUGUCAUGUUGCUUUGACUGUUUUGAGAAAUGGAUAUUUAUCCCUGUCAAAUAUUAAUCUACUAGUGUUUGAUGAGUGCCAUCUUGCAAUCCAGGACCAUCCAUACCGUGAAAUUAUGAAGAUCUGUGAGGAUUAUCCAUCUUGCCCUCGAAUCUUGGGAUUAACUGCUUCCAUUUUAAAUGGGAAGUGUGAUCCUGCUGAGUUAGAAGAGAAGAUAAAGAAACUGGAGAAAAUACUAAAGAGCAAUGCUGAAACUGCAACUGAUUUGGUGGUCUUAGAUAGAUAUACUUCUCAGCCAUGUGAGAUUGUUGUAGACUGUGGACCAUAUACUGACAAAAGUGGAUUGUAUGGAAGACUAUUAAGGGAAUUGGAUGAAGCACUUCAUUUUCUAAAUGACUGCAACAUAUCUGUACAUUCAAAGGAAAGAGAUUCUACGUUAAUUUCUAAACAGAUAUUGUCAGACUGUCGAGCUGUAUUGGUUGUUUUGGGACCCUGGUGUGCAGAUAAAGUAGCUGGGAUGAUGGUGAGAGAGCUACAGAAGUAUAUCAAACAUGAGCAAGAGGAGCUGCACAGGAAAUUUUUAUUGUUUACAGACACUUUCUUAAGGAAAAUACAUGCACUCUGUGAAGAGCAUUUCUCACCUGCCUCACUUGACCUGAAAUUUGUAACUCCAAAAGUAAUAAAGCUGCUUGAAAUUUUGCGCAAAUACAAACCAUAUGAACGGCAGCAGUUUGAAAGUGUUGAAUGGUAUAACAACAGAAAUCAGGAUAACUACGUAUCGUGGAGUGAUUCUGAAGAUGAUGAUGAGGAUGAAGAAAUUGAGGAGAAAGAAAAGCCAGAGACUAAUUUCCCAUCUCCUUUUACGAAUAUUUUAUGUGGAAUUAUUUUUGUGGAAAGAAGAUACACAGCAGUUGUUCUAAAUAGGUAAAUCUUCUUUAAAAACAAAAAAAGGCAUGUUCAGCUGCCAGCACGUGGAUGUUUAUAUUGUGAAUAUGAAAGGGAUUGUCUUUUCAGAACUCUAUUUAAAGUUGCAUUAGGAAAUUAUAUUAAAGCUGUGUCAAGAAAGAAUAGCA